UUGACAUUGACUUUGAUUGAUGUCAUUCAUUUCAUUUGUUGUCUUUUUUAUUGUAGUAUAUUACAUUUAAGAUCCAAUCAAAAUCUAAUAAUAAAUCUAUUAAAUACAUUUUCCUGCAGUCACGGUUUAUUAUUAUACAUUUAAAUGGGGAAGAAUAAAAUGAUAGCCAAAAGUUGUCCGAAAUGUGAAAUGCAGGUCGCUGUGGCGUCGAAAUCGUGUAAAUGUGGACAUACAUUCUUUGCUGCUCGCCGUGGUGCAGACCACUUACCAGCUGUUGAAGACAUAAAACGGAGGACAGGCAGAGUGAGACGCUCUAAGACACAAUUCUAUGAUGCCCAACACUAUGACAAUAAGAUUAAAAAAAGAUCACCCAAGAAACAGUCUCUAACACACACAUUAGAUUAUGAUUACAAAGGAAAAGAAAAGUCAGAAAGUGCCACGGCUUUAGCGAGGCGUCGUCGUGCGUUACGACGCGCUAAACGGUCCCCAGCCCGGGGCGGAGAUCGAACCCGCGACCCAACACCUCAAUUGAGGCCGUCGCAACUCGCGCGUUGUCGACUUAUACUACAAGAGAUAAAUCGAAAGAUGCAAGCUGUCACGUGGCAGCCCCCACUAGAAGGAUAGACAGAUUUAAUUUUGAUCUCUCAUUAUAGGUCGCCGAACAGAGCGAAAUUCGUGCGUUGACCUUUGUGCUUACUGAUAUCGUAAAUAUUUUAGGUUCACAUUACUGUGACAAAAUUGGAUAGAUGCAUCUGUGCGAGCGAAAUAGCAGUAUGUUUGCGUACGAGUGAGAGAGAUAUG